CUGCCGAAUACUUGAAAACUAAGGAGUAUUAUUAUUAUUAUUAUUAUUAUUAUUAUUAUUAUUAUUAUUAUUAUUAUUAUUAUUAUUAUUAUUAUUAUUAUGAUAUUAUCACACAAGUCUUGAUCGAGGUGGUUCCAUAUGAGGGCCAAGUUCCAGUACCAGAUUUUGGAAAACAAGAAAAUCUCACCCAUUGGUGUAGAAAGCUGUGGUUUGACAGUUCAAACAGAGCACAUCAGACACGAUUUUUACUCUGGGGUAUGAAAUGUUGCAACCUGAGUCGACCCAUUUCUACUCCAAACACCUUCUGCCAAACAACCUUGCAACCAUGUUCAAAGUAAAGAUUCCCCUGCCAUUACUUCUAUUCCUGCAUCUCCUUCUCCAAGAAACUGGCCAAGCUGCUGCUGCUGCUGCUGCUGCUGCUGCUGCAGCAGAUAGCCAGGCCACGGAGCACUGUGAAUCUUCUUCCUGCGGUGAAAUCCCCAUUAGGGCUCCCUUCCGGCUCACAACCGAUCCCGGGAGCUGCGAUGACCGCAAGUUUAACCUGUCAUGUGAGAGUAAUACGACCGUGCUGCUGCUGCAACAGUACAGGGGAUGGAUGAGGUACUACGUAAAGGCGAUCAACUACAACAACUCCACAGUCCGGCUGGUAGACGAUGGUGUGGUCAAUGGAAAUUGCUCUUCCUUACCAAAUCAUUCAUGGGUGUCUUCAUUUUUUGGGGAUCUAAAUGACUACGGCCCGCGAGCCGAACCUCUAGCUCAAGGCUUGGCUCUGAUCAACUGUGACAACCCUGUUGUCCAAUCUACUACUACUACUACUACUACAAGAACCCAACUAGUGUACGUGGAAACUAGUCCUUGCAUCGAUUUGGGGCCAAGUUCUUCUUCUAGCUAUGCUCUUAUUGGGGGUUACACGCUAUAUGAUCUGCCAAAGAUGUGCAGCGUGGAGAUGACUACUGCAAUUCCCUAUAAUUACUAUUCCAGCUACACUAAUGUCACGUUUCAAGAAAUUCACCGACAGCUUGAAUAUGGAUUCGAGCUUACAUGGUUGCCUCGACCUGAUCCAUGCAGAUAUGAUAUGUGCUUUUACGGGUUUUGUUACUGCUAUGGGCCAUCGGACGUUAUCCUCUGGAUUGGAAGGUAUUUUGAAAAGUGGAUCAUUAUUUUAGCUGUUGUACAUCGCAUGAUCCUGCUUGUACUUGGCACCCCUGCUAUCAUUGCCCUUCUGGUGUAUAAAUGGCGGAGGCGGCAUGAAUCAGCGUAUCACAGCAUCGAGGAGUUCCUCCAGAACCAAGCCCACCUCAUGCCAAUAAGGUACUCUUACUAUCACAUCAAGAAAAUCACUGGAGGGUUCAAGGACAAGCUUGGCCAGGGAGGGUUUGGCUCCGUCUACAAAGCAAAGCUACGCGGAGGCGGCUUUGCCGCCGUCAAAAUGCUCAGGACCAACAACAAGGUGCUAAACCCCACAGCUGCAGCAAGGAAAGGGCAAGACUUUAUGAAUGAGGUUGCCACCAUUGGCAGGAUCCACCACGCCAAUGUAGUCCGCCUUAUGGGCUACUGCUCCGAAGGAUCAAAGCAAGUCCUGGUUUAUGAGUUCAUGCCGAAUGGCUCUCUCGACAAGCACAUCUCUCACGACAACGAUGAUGGUGGUAGUGACCAAAACAGCAGCAGCAACACCUCUUGUUUGAGCUUGGAACAACUGUACCGCAUCUCUCUGGGAGUGGCACACGGGAUCGAGUAUCUCCAUUCAGGAUGUGAUAUGCAGAUACUCCAUUUCGACAUCAAGCCACACAACAUCCUCCUGGACGAAAACUUCACCCCCAAGGUAUCCGAUUUCGGGCUGGCGAGGCUGAACCAAGCUGGUCGGGACAACAACAUCGCGACUCUGACUGCAGCAAGAGGGACCAUAGGGUACAUGGCACCAGAACUGUUCUACAAGAACAUUGGAGGUGUCUCUUACAAAGCCGAUGUCUACAGCUUCGGGAUGCUGCUGCUGGAAAUGACAGGGAAGAGGGGGAACUUGAAUGCCACGGAGACGGAUCAAUCAACGGCUUACUUCCCUUCAUGGGUUCACAACGAGGUGUCUUCGCCGGGGACUCCAAUUGUAGUUGGAGAAGUCAAGGAAGAGGAAGACAACAUUGCCAAGAAGAUGGUGAUGGUUGGAUUGUGGUGCAUACAGACGAAACCUGACGAUCGUCCCCCGAUGAAUAAAGUGGUGGAGAUGCUUGAAGGCGACUUGGAGAGCCUGCAAUUGCCUCCCAAACCUGUUCUGUUUGCUGCAGAAGCUAUAAGGAAGAAUGAAGAAGGAUCCUCUUCAUCAUUCGUGUCAUCCUCUGAGUAUACACAAUCUGCUUUGAGUAAUCAAUAUGAUGAUGAGUGAUAAUUGUAAUACUAUUACUAACUACUAGUAGUAAUGCAGCUCUUAAGUAUGUCUCUUGUUAUUUCAACUCUAUUACUCUUGUUAGUUUGUACUCUUUCCCAAGUUUUGACACAAUUUAUAUGAUGCUCCUAAAAUGUUCCUUCGAGUCAAUCUUCCUAAUUUGUACUUCCAAUUUAUCUCCUUUAGUCUAGUGCUUUGAUUGUUACUGGAAAAAAACGUUUGAUGUAUAGUUUUGUUACUGGAAAUAACGCUUGAUGUUGUCACUAUAUUUUUUAUAUGAUCCAUAUGUACAUAAUAUAGGACUCUUAUCAAGGGCUUCAUUUUCCACCUAAAAGAAUCUAUGUUCUUGUAGCCCUUGUAUCUGUUCAUGGUGCCCAUUUUUUAUCGAGCAAAAUCCAUUCAUGCGUAGUAAGUCUAAUAGCGUAUUUAAUGUUAUGUAUGUCGGAAAUUUUUAUUUUUUUCACUUAAUUCAACUCAUGGAUCUCUCAAUGUUCUCAUUUUUCACAUCUAUUGGUCAAUUGGAGUUUAUUAUCGUCGAGAUUAAUAGUAAGAUCGGAUCAAUAGAGCACAAGACAGAUCUUGAGUAUAUGUAGCAUAUGAGCCAUUCAAGGCCAUUAUUAAAUAUUAAGCAUGGGU